AUGUCUGAUUCAGAUGCCUUUGAUCCAUUCGCUGGUCCCCAUGGAUACCUGACCAAUAGACACGGACUGAAGAUCAGGUGUAGGAGUUCUCGUUCGUGUCCAGCCAAAUCAGUGUGUUACCAAAGAACCUGUGCUCUAGCUGGCAACCCCUGUAAAAUAAAGACUCCACUUCUUACGAAGACAAACACACUGGUGACAUGUUCCUACCCUUCCUCCUGUCCUCGUGGCUACCAGUGUGUGUCGGUACAGGGAACACCAUUGUCUGUGUGCUGCUACAGUAACACAUACAGAGGAUCAACUCGGAAGCAUUCAGUAGGGUGCUUAUACGACUGUAAAUGUCCAGAACGCCCGGUCUGUAGAAAACACAGAUAUUGCACCGUAUCCUAUAAGUACAAAAAAGUUGGACAAAAGCUAUGUCCCGUUCGUUGCAAUUAUAAGUGCUCAUGUCCCCCAUUGCCGAAAUGUGUGAUCCCAAAAGGGACAAAUAGUAAGCUGUGCCAUCCAAGAUAUAUUUUCACCAGAAUUAGAGGACAUCGUUGCCCAGUAAGAUGCGUUUUAGAUUGCCAAUGUCCUCCACUACCAAAGUGUUCACCAUUGACAAAAACAAAAGGAUACGGUCACUUGUGUCACGAAAAGUACCUCUUUAAGAAGAUCAAUGACAAAAACUGUGCUGUCAAAUGUAUACCAGUCUGUGUUUGUCCACCGAAACCUUCUUGCAUAGUUAAGAACAACGGAAGGCAAUGCCAAAAGAUUUAUGACUUUAAGCAAAUCAAUGGCAAGAGAUGCCCGAUAAAGUGCACAUCUAGAUGUCUUUGUCCUCCCCCGCCAAAAUGUCCCCGUAUUCCAAACGAUGGAAAGGGUCGAUCAUGUCGUCAUGUAUAUAAAUACCAGAUAAGAUUUGGCAAACGUUGUCCAGUCAGUUGCCAAAUACAGUGCGGUUGUCCUUUCCCUCCUGAAUGCCCUAAACCUCCGAAAGGUCAAGAAAACCUUUGCUCUCCUGUAUAUAGUUACAUACAUAUCAAUGACUUGAAAUGCCCAGUGAAAUGCCGGCUAAGGUGCAGGUGCCCGCCACUUCCCAAAUGCCCACCUCUCAAACCUAACGAGACCAAACUUUGUAAGCCAUUGUACACUUAUAAGAAAAUCCAGGGCAGAAGAUGUGCUGUUAAAUGUCAAUUGAUCUGUAGAUGUCCACCAGCGCCCAAGUGUGAAUUUGUUAGGGGAAGGUAUGCUAGACUAUGCAAGCCUUACUAUAAGUUCAAAAUAAUACGAGGAAAUAAGUGUCCUGUUGAAUGUAAAAACAAGUGCAAAUGUCCGCCUAUCCCAAAAUGUCCACCUCUUACUAAAUAUGGCAAAUACAAAAAGCUCUGUCGAAGAGUAUUUAUAAAUGCCAAAGUAAAUGGGAUCUUGUGCCCUGUAAAAUGUACAUCUAAAUGUCAGUGUCCUCCACUUCCUAACUGUCCACCAGUCAAGAAACCAAAGUAUGGAACCUGUUUCCCAGACUAUACUUUCCAAGAGAUUAAUGGUCUAACAUGUGCCAUCAAAUGUAAAAAUAAAUGCAAUUGUAAUCCCUUGCCAAAAUGUCCAAAAAUUGAUGACCAAUCAAGGCGUUUAUGCAGAAGAAGAUAUAUCUUUUCCAAACCAGAUCAAGGUUUGAGUUGUCCAAUUAAAUGUAUUUUAGAGUGCCGGUGUCCUCCACUCCCUAGGUGUCCUCCACUUCCUGUGCAUAAGAAGAGCCUUUGUAAGCACGUUAUUAAGUACAAAACAUUCCACAAGAAACAAUGUGCCAUCAGUUGUUCUACUGAUUGCCACUGCCCACCUUUACCAAAACUUCCAAAAGUAAUUCCCCAAAAUUGCCACAUUAAGUACAUUUUUAAAAAUAUUUUUAAUUUACUUUGUGCAGUUAGAUAUAAACUAGUAUGUCUGUGUCCAAAACCUCCAAAGUGCCCAAUCAUCAAGCGAAAUUCAAAGUACGGUGAUCUCUGCGUGAACCAGUUUAGCUAUAAAAUGAUAGGAAAGAAAAAAUGUCCCAUAAAGUGUAGUAAAAAAUGUAGUUGUCCUCCUCUGCCAGAUUGCUCUACACGUGGUCAAGGAUUGUGUCAACCUGUCUAUCAGUAUAAAAAGAUCAACGGGCUGAAUUGUGCUGUGAGUUGUAAAGCGACGUGUCGCUGUCCACCUGUUCCAAAAUGUCCACCAAUCCCUAAAAAUGCCACAAUCGCCAAGCAGUGCCACCCCAUUUAUGUCUACGAGAAGGUAUAUGGCAAUCUUUGUCCGGUGCGGUGUAAUGUGGAUUGCUUAUGUCCCCCUGCUCCCAUAUGUCCGAAAAUCAUAGAACAGAACAAGGAAACAUGCAGUCCUAAAUAUCAGUUCAAGAAUAUAAAGGGGGUCCAUUGUCCUGUAAAAUGUGAAGCAGAAUGCCAAUGUCCAAAAUUCCCUAAAUGUCCUCCUCUUGACAAGUAUAAAGAUCUGCAAGACUUUUGUAGAUAUACGUAUACAUAUAAAAAGAUACACAACAAAGUAUGUGCAGUGAAAUGUGAUGUUCAAUGCACUUGUCCACCUUUCCCAGAAUGUCCAAAAAUUGGAAAGAAUAAAGGACACUUGUGUAAUUACAUUUAUAGGUACAAAACUAUUGGCGGUAGGAAAUGUGCUGUCAAAUGUGACAGAGUUUGUCACUGUCCACCCAAACCGAAAUGUCCACCAAUAAAAACUUAUCACAACUAUAAAAAUAUCUGUAGCUAUGAUUAUCACUACAGGUACAUCCACGGCAUAAGGUGCCCAGUAAGAUGCAACAUAGGUUGCUUUUGUCCAACUCUGCCAAAAUGUCCCAAACUACCAACAAUUCCUAAAUACAAAGAUCUGUGCUACUAUGACUUUGACUUUAAAAACAUAAAUGGUCGUAUCUGUCCCAUAAAAUGCAAGGUCAAAUGCAACUGUCCUCAACCACCCAAAUGUCCCAAAAUUCCUGUUUACAAAGGAUACCCCGGAGUCUGCGGAAAAGUCCUGCAGUACAAGACCAUCAAAGGUCUGCACUGUGCCUUUUCUUGCAAAAUCAAGUGCAAAUGUCCUCCUAAGCCCAAGUGUAAGAGCCCGGCCCACGCUCACAGUUCCUAUAAGUAUAAAAAGUUUAGUGACAUCAAAUGUCCUGUGAAAUGUGUGUACAAAUAUGAUCCAGAGUUUGGACCACACACAAAUCACCACACUAUUCAUAGGAUAAAAACUUCUGGUCCAGGUCCGUCUCACUAUGCAAAAUAUAACAACAUACACCAUGUGUUUUAUGAGCAUCACUCUUGGAAUGAACACAAUACUGGUCAUCGAGGAAUGCAGGACUACAAUUACGAUUAUGGUGGAUAA